AUGAAUCAAGAAGCGCAAUUGAAAUUAUAUAAUAGUAUGACCCGAAGAAAGGAUACAUUUGUACCUAGCAAUGAAUCUUGCCUAUCAUGGUACAAUUGCGGACCUACUGUCUAUGAUGCAUCUCACAUGGGUCAUGCAAGAUCCUAUGUCAGCUUUGACAUUAUUAGACGCGUAUUAACUUCGUAUUUCAACUAUAACAUAUCUUAUGCUAUGAACAUAACCGAUAUUGACGAUAAGAUCAUCUUUCGGGCUCGUCGUAACUAUUUAAUUGAUAACUAUAUCAGUAGCUCUCAUCCAAUUGAUAGAAUUAUUGAAGAUGCAAACGAAGCAGUUAAGUUACUGGAAGAUAAGAUCCAUGUAUCGAAAUAUCUCGAUUUGUUAACAAUUACGGAAAAACUUACGGCUCAGCAAAAUAAGAUUAAUACUACUAAGGAUGGUCAUCAAUUGAAAGAAUUAGAGAAAAUCGGAAAAAAGCUUUUAGAGAAUAAAGCUGAAAUUUUGAAAGAUCCACAGCAACUUGCCAUGGCAGAAGAUAACGAAAAAUUGGCUACUCUGGCUGAGAAGAAAAUGAAAUUGAAGGAGAGUAACAUUGCUCUAACUAAUGAUCCAAACAAGCUUGCAAUGUUUGUGAAAAACAAGAUUAAAGCGGAUAACGCUAUUCAAUCACUUAGUAGCGCUGCCAUCGGCCAAAGUGACGUAAAGUCUGGCAGUCGUCUACAGGAAUUCUUUUCAGAUAUAAGGGAUCCUUUAUCAGAGCUAUUAGAUAAAAAGGUUCUUCCUGCUGAUGCUAUAACGCGAGUAAGUGAGUAUGUACCGGAAGUUAUUGAAUUUGUACAAGGAAUUAUCAAAAGAAAUUAUGGGUAUGUAUCGAAUGGCUCUGUAUACUUUGACACCGUAGCCUUCAAUAAUAGCCCGGAUCAUCGUUAUGGAAAGUUAUUACCUGAGGCUAUUGGAGAUUUAAAUGCUUUAGCUGAAGGAGAAGAUAAUAAUAAGUCGAACAAGCUCGAUAGUUUGAUAUGUGGUCUAAGCAAUUUAUCAAAUUCGGAUGCACAUUUAAUAGGUGAACUAAGCAUCGGGGAUGAUCGGUUACGCGAAAAAAGGAGUCCGAAUGAUUUUGCUUUGUGGAAAUGCUCUAAGCCCGGUGAACCUUUUUGGGACUCACCUUGGGGAAAGGGGAGACCUGGAUGGCACAUUGAAUGCUCCGUUAUGGCAAGCGCAAUAUUAGGCAAGUCUCUGGAUAUUCAUUCUGGUGGCGUAGACCUAAAGUUUCCUCAUCAUGAAAAUGAAAUAGCUCAAGUCGAGGAAGCCCUAAGUAAAUACUCAGCUCGUCAAUUGCGAUUGGCAUUCUUGUCUCAUCCUUGGAAUACUACCAUGGAUUACAGUGAAAAUAUGAUGUCUUCUACUAUGCAAACAGAAAAACUAUUUCUGGAAUUCUUUUUAAAUGUUAAAGAUAUUGACCGCGUUUAUUCAGCUCAAACCCUUAAAGAAGAGAAAUGGAACUCUGCUGAAUUAGAACUUGAAAAAGGAUUGUGCCAAAAACAGAAUAACAUCCAUCGAUUUCUGUGUGAUUCAAUUAAUACACCCGACGUUAUGAAGGAAUUGAAGGAGCUGAUCAAUCAAUCUAAUAGUUAUAUUGCCUCAAAACGUUCUCUAAAACAAUCGCCUAACGCCCGUCUUUUGAAGAAAAUUUCAAGAUACAUCGUAAAAAUGUUACGCAUAUUCGGUGUCACGGUGGAUGAGAUUGAAACGACAAUCGGAUUUCCUAGUUAUACUGAUAAUAAAGUAUGCAAUUUAUUCUUAGUAAUUUACGAAUUUAUUGGUGUGAUGGCCAUAAAUAUCAACAAAGAAAAUACCAUUAUGCCAUAUUUGACUGUAUUGGCUGAGUUCAGAGCAAAAGUUCGAGAUAGUGCUCGCUUACAGAAAGUUUAUAAGUUAUCAAAUGGAUCUCAUUGUAUAGAUGGUCCCGCAAUCAAGUUGGUAGAUAGGGCAAUUCUUUUAAAAGAGAAAGAAAAUAGAUUAAUGGCAAUUGAAGAAAAGAAACGUAAAAAAGAAGAAGCAAAGAGAAAACAAAUGGAACUGAAGGCACAGCAAGAAUCUAAAAUGAAAAUUUCGCCUAAAGAAAUGUUUUUAAAUCAGUCGGAUAAAUAUUCCCAGUUUGACGAAAAGGGUAUUCCAACUCAUAAUCACGAAGGAACUGAACUUAGUGGUAAACAGAAGAAGAAACUUCUCAAGCAGUAUGAAGCACAAAAGAAAUUAUUUUUAGAAUACCAAACUAAACAAGCUCCUUCAAAUUAA